AGGCCAGGGAAAUAAGCAAAAAAAGUACCCAGUUUUUGACACUCGUCCGGCCAGGCAAACGACAGUUGUUUUGAGUAGUAUGCACCUCUGUAACAAAAACCUAUAUGUUUCUUGCAGUCGAUUUUUUGAACUUAUUUAGUUAUUAACAAAUUAAGGUAAAAAAACCAAAAAUUUUUGCUUUUUCGUGAAAUUUAUUAAUAACAAUUAAGAAAUUAAUCUGGCGACGCUCAGAAAAAUUAACAAUAUCUCGGUGAAAAAUGAACCGAUUUCGAUGAUUUUUUUUAAUCUGAGGUAGCUCGUCGAAAUAAUAACAUCUGGAAUACUUUCACUCGUAAAAAACCAACCCCAACCCCCUAAAAAAUUUUUAAUUCUAUUUUUUGUCAAUUCUUUUACUUUUACAAUACUAUAAAACGUAAUCUACUACCAAAUUAUUAUUGAAAACAUCCCCAUGCAACAUCCCCAUUUCUAAAAAAAUUUAAUAUUCCAAAAUAUGGACUAAUAUUAUUUCAGUAUUUAUCUUUUUUUUUUUAAAUACUUACUCUGCCUCAUGUGAAAUCUUUUAUCAGUGAAAAAUUAUGUUGAAGUAAAGUUUAAAUGAUUAAAAUUUCUAUUUAAAAACAAUCUAUUUUACAAAAAAGAACUCAAAAAAAUUGAUUUUAAAAACUUUUGGUCAAACUAGAUUUUUAGUACAAUUUCGUGAGAAAUUAAAUAAUUGGUUUAACAAAUUAAAAUAAACAUCAUAUAAACAUAUAUUUUAAAUUGCAAAUUAUUUUGAUAGAAGGAAUAAAUUAAUAAAACAAAGAUAUAAACAGUAAAACAAUUGUUAUUUAUUUAUAUGGUUUUAAAAUGAGAUUCAAUAUUUACAAAAUCAGAAAUAUGCUUAGUUUUUAUUUAUUUCUCUUUUUUGUACAAGUUCCUAAGAAUCAUAUGACAAUUCAUCCAAAACAUCCAUCUCACUCUCACAUUCUUUUUCUGCGUCAUCUAGUUCAUAUUCAGCAGUAUGACAAUUUUAGCAAUUCUCUCCAUUACAAUUUUCGCACAUUAUCGUACAUUUUAAGGAUUCCCCAAACCGACGCGAAACUUUCGCAGAGGAAUCGCGGCGAAUCGUAAGGCACGGCGACUUAAUGCAUGUGUUCAGACAAGUUCGGACGGAAACCGGAACGGUCGCGGCAGAACAGCGUUGACGUUUCAUGAAACGCUGCAUGCACGGUUUUUUCCGCUGCAGUUAUAGCAAGUUAUAGUUUCGCGUGAAUUAUUAAAAUGGCUGUUACAGAAAAACUAAUUGAAAUUGUGAAACAAUAUCCUAUAAUUUAUGAUUUAAGUGACGAAGAUUAUAAAAAUAUAAGAAAAAAGGAUAAAGUCUGGGAUAAUAUAGGGUCAUUUCUAGGAGAAAAUGGUAAGUUUUCAUUAUAUAUUAUAUAUAAUGAAUUUAAUAGUGCUCCGCCUGCGAAUGUUCCGCAACGGUUUCGCGUCGCAAAAGUUUCGCGUCGGUGUGGGGAAUCCUUAUGGCUAUGCUUACGGCAUACGCAAUGUUUGAAACAUGCGGCUUCGGCGCUACAUUGAAAAAAAGUAAACUUUAUUCAUUUUUAAUGAUAAAUAAUGAUUUUAACUUAAGGAGAACACAAAUACAUGAAAAUAUAGGUUUUUAAGAAGUAAAUGACGCCAUAUUCGUUUCUUAAUUGUUAUAAAUAAAGCCUGCGUGAUUAAAAAAAAUAUGCUAAAUAGUUGAAGAUCGUGGGAUAAACUAAAUAACGUAUCUCAGCAACAAAUUAAGUGAUCUAGGCCUACUACGACUCAUUCGAUUCGUAAUUUUAUAGGCUUGAAUGUCAUACAUUUGAAAUAACGUCGUCGUAGAUGUGAAGAGAGCUAACCCACAUUUUCUUAAAAAUGAGCUAACUGCAGCAUCGCAAUCAGAAAGAAAGAUUUAAUUUUGUAGUGAAGAGAUCUAAGUGAAUAUGUUGUUUCAAAUGGUUUAUAUUUUAAAGUGUGAAAGGACGCUAAGUGAAUUCACAAUCCUUAUUUUUUGAAGUGAAGUGAUCUAUGCCACUUACCACCACCGGGUACUGAACAUAUUUUCAGUGGUGAACAGAGCUAUCAGACGCUUGAGCUUAGUCUGCAUAUAACAACAGAUAGAUAAAUUAUUAUGAUACAGUCGAUUAGUCACCUUAUCGUUAGCUGGAGUUUGCUGUUUCAGCAAAGUCUCACGGUACUCAAUAUUGUAACAAGUAAUAAAUUUAGUUUAUUUGAAAGCUGCUUUGUCUGGGAGUAGUUAUAAUCGAAAGAUAAUUUAUAUACAAUUUUUAUGGAAUUGGGCAUAGGUUUAAGACAAGUGGGUGUAUGUGUACGAUCUGUAGAUGAAAAUAAUGUUUCUGAUUGGGUACAUUGAUUUGAGUGUAGAAUCCUGUUGCUACUAUGAACCACUACACAUGAAAUUGAGACAGGUAAGUUUUUUUUAACCUAUUCUCUAUUUUUCCAUUGUUGCAUAUAGAUCUCCCCCAGUUCUCUCCAUCUUUCCCUAUCUUGAGCUGUUCUCUGCCAUGUGGGACCUCCUUGUUUCCAGAUGUCAUCUUUCCACCUCAUCUGUGGUCUGCCUCUUGAUCUCUUUGCAUUGUAUGGACGCCACUUUCCGAUGGCAUUGUUCCAUCGUCCGUCUUGGAGACGUUCAUUGUGUCCAGCCCAUUUCCAUUUUAGUUUUGCUGCUUGUUUUAUCGCGUCUACUGUCUUUGUUCUGGUUCUGAUCCACUGGUUACAUUUUCUAUCUUUAAGUGAUAUACCCAACAUUUGUCUCUCUAUCGCUCUUUGUGCCUUCCUUAUCCUAUCCAAAUUGGCCUGUGUAAAUGUCCAUGUCUGUGCUCCGUAGGAGAGCACCGGUAUUAUACAGGAGUUAUAUACCUUGCUUCGUAAGUGUAGAGGGAUUGUUUGAUUUUUUAGAACGUAAGAAAGUUUGCCGAACGCUGCACAUCCCAUUCUUACUGGUCUCGAUAUUUCGACUGUUUGAUUUUCUCUGUUAGCUCUGAUUGCUUGUCCUAGAUAGAUAUACUCAUUUACCUGUUCUAUUUUUUCUGUUUGUAUUUUUAUUGCCUCUUGGUCUUCCGUGUUUGUCAUUACUUUUGUUUUGUUGAAGUUAAUUUUUAGGUCUUUGUGCAGUGAUUUUUCAUUAAGUUCAUUCAGCAUUAAUUCCAGUUCUUGUCGUUCCGAGGAGAUCAGGAGUAUAUCAUCUGCAUAUCUAAGGUGAUUUAAUACAUAUUCCCCUGUUUUCCCAAUCUGUUGAUUUUAUUAUGUCUUCGAGGGUCAAGGUAAACAGUUUAGGUGAAAUUAUAUCGCCUUGUCGGACUCCUCGUUUAACUUUUAUAUUAUCCGUUAUUAAUUUGUCGUCCAGAAUUACGGUCAUGGUUGCGUUUUGGUAAAUAUCAGGUAUAAAUUGUCGGUAUCUUGAAUCUAUUCUACUAUUGACCAGAGAUUCUUUAACCGCCCAGUGUUCAAUGCUGUCGAAAGCCUUUUCAUAAUCUACGAAUGCUAAGUACAGCGGAAGGUUGUAUUCAUUGGUUUUCUCAAUUAAGACUUUAAGCGCAUGUAGAUGGUCGAUUGUGCUGUAUCCUUUCCUGAAUUCGGCCUGUUCCACUGGUUGGUAGUUAUCAAGUUUAUAGGUUAGUCGGUUGUUUAUUAUUCUUGUGAAGGUUUUAUAUAGUUGUGACAAAAGGGAAAUAGGACGGUAGUUGUUUAGGUCUGUUCGCUCUCCUUUCUUAUGUAUUAAGAUUGUGUUGGCAUUUCUCCAUUGUUUAGUUAUUUUACCUUCAAACAGACAUUUGUUGAACAGUAUUUUUAGCAUUUUUUUUAUCGUGUCUCCUCCUUCUUUGAGCAGUUCCGCUAGUAUUUUGUCCUCACCGGCCGCUUUAUUUCUUUUCAUGUCGUGUAUGGAUUUUUCGAUUUCAUCUUCAGUUAUUUCUGGUAAUACCUCUGAGCCAACAUUUUGUAUUUUCCUCGAGAGAUUCUGUUUAGAUGACAGUGGUGGGUCAUUUUUAGAACUGUAUAGGUCUGUGUAAUAUCUUUCUGUGAUUUUUACUAUUUUUCCUAGAUCUCUUUCUUUAUUGUUCUCAGCUUUAAGCAUGAUUAGUUUUCUUUUUCCUAUAUUUGUCUUCAUUGUUUUUAAACUUUUGUUCUUCUCUAUGAUUUUCUUAAUGCGAUCUUCUUGGUUUUUCUUUAAAUCAUUCCUUUAUCUGUUUUCUUAUGGUUUUGUUCAGUUCGGUAAACUCCACUGUAUUUCUUUUGUUAUCAUUCAGGAGUUGUCGUCGUUUUUUUAGCAUAUCUUGUGAUUUAGCGCUAAUUUUUUGUUGUUUUCGCUUUUGUUUAUUAGCAAUCUUCAGGCCUGCUUCUAGUAGUUCUGUUGUUAUUUUAUCGUUUAAUUCGUCUAGUUGUAAACCCUUUAGCUCUGAUAUGUCACUUAAUCAUGUCACUGAUUAAUGUCACUGAUUAAUUUAAAUUAAUUAAUUUUUUAAAUUAAUUAAUUAAUUUUUUAAAUUAAUAAAAUUAAUUAACAGGUAAGUUAUUUAUCUAAUAAUAAUAUAUAAGUUUAUUUAAAUCGGUAGUUUUACAAUAAAUAAUGUUUCAAUAAAAUAGUAAAAAUUAGUUAAAAGUAAAUAAAAUAGUGUUUCAAUAGAAUUUUCAUAAUUUAAAGUUAAUUUAAUUUAAUUUAAAGAUAAACUGACGAGUUUUAUUAUUUAUUUUUUAUACAAAUUUGUUAGCUAUACAAAUAAAAAUAUUGUAAUAUUUUUAAAGUUUAUUGGCAAUGCUAAUAUAAUAUGGUUAAACAGCGGUAUAGUUCGAUGUAAAAAUAACAUUAUUUAGAAUGUAAACUUCACUUAUGUGCACUUAUCAAUUGUUUUGUUUUUAGGUGACUUUUGGCAAAGAAGAUCCUUUUGCUAGUUCUGACUUAGACUUGGAUCCAAUAUACACACCUGGUAGUUCAACUGAAAGUACUUCAGACAGCAGUCAGUCUACAGUAGUGUCCCCUACACAGAAUAUCUCGGAGCCAGGUCCUUCUUCAGGCAAGAUUAUAAAAUAAUAAUACAGAAACCGUAUCUACAUCUACGUCACGUAAACGCAAAAGGCUUCCAUCAACUUGGAAACGCAAUCAACAAAGGAGCCUCAGACUUUCUGGAAAGGAACAUCUUUCUUAAAAAGAUCCGAGACACGAUGCCUCUAUCACAUCAUCCCCAUACUUCCUCGGAGGAUUUUUGUUAACCUAUAUUUUUAUUAUUAAAAUACUUGGACCAAAACUUAUGCAAAAUAGACAACCAUAUAAUAUUAAAAAUAUUUUAAUUGGCUACAACUUUAUUCAAAUUCUAGUUAACGCGUUUAUUGUUUAUGAAGCCAUAUAUGUUUAUUUCUCAAACUCAAAUUGGGUAUGUAUAGAUACGACAGAAAAAGAUCUUUUAGCAGAUGCAAGGAAACAUUAUUAUUAUCUUAAACUAGUGGACUGUGUUGAAACAGUUUUUUUUAUAAUACGGAAAAAGUAUCAACAGGCUAGUUUUCUUCACAUAUAUCACCAUACUGGUAUAGUCAUGGCUGCUUUCUUGGGAUUUAGAUACGACUUCGGAGACACUAUCUUGGUAAUUGGAGGUUUAAAUUCACUCACACAUGUUUUAAUGUAUGUUUACUAUUUGAUGAGCGCAAUAGAUUCCAGAUGGAGCAAAUAUACCACAAUAAAGAAGGGCUUAACGAUAUUACAGAUUGUGCAACUGAAUAUGAUCUUGUUUUUGUUGACAGCAGCAAAAUUUAUUCCAGGCUGUAAAUCAGUGCCGCCAUAUAGUUUAUUUUUCUGGAUUUUGCAAAAUGUGUUUAUGAUCAAUUUAUUUGUAAGAUUUUAUAUAAGAUCGUAUGUAAAUAACAAAAAGAGUGAUAGUAAGAAAAACUAAUUGUAUUUAUGAAAUAAAUAUUGCAU